AUGCAACAAAUGGCUCUCGAAGAAUACGUCGAUCUCGUGCGACAAGUUGAUAAACCCUUAGUGUCGCGCAUUCUCGGUAUAGCUACUGUGUUCCUACUUGCACUCCAACUUCGGAAGGCUUUAGUCUCUAGAAAUAAGCUGAAAUCGAUUCCUACAGCUGGGUCAUCUGGUAUUAUCGGGUCAUGGAUAGACGCUUUCAGAUUCAUCUCUCACGCAAAGGAAAUCGUCGAAGAAGGUCAGAGAAUGUGUGGAUCGAUAUUCAAAGUACCCUUGCUCGACAGAUGGACGAUUGUGGUCAGCGGAGCAGAUAAGAUUAAUGACCUUCGAAAAGCUUCAGUGGAACAACUGUCUUCCAUAGGCAUGAGCGAAGACAUGGACUAUGCUUUCGGAAGCUUCAUCAGGCUUGACCCUUUCCAUGUAGACAUCGUACGAGGCCCUUUGACAUGCAACAUUGGUGCUUGCUUUGCGGACGUUCAGGACGAAAUUAAAGCAGCUUUCAAAGACUAUAUACCGAUAACUGAAGACUGGGUUGAGAUACCCACAUACGAAACUAUUUUGCAAAUUGUAUGCAGAGCCAGCAACCGGAUGUUUGUAGGGCUUCCUCUCUGCCGUAACCGCGAAUAUAUCAAGCUAAAUACCAACUACACCAUUGAAAUCUUCACCUUUGAUCGUUUCCUUCACCUUCUCCCCACGAUCCUGAAAACAGUUGUGAGCUCUAUCUACACACCUCGCAAGAAUGCUGUAGCCAAGGCGGAAAAAUUCCUCGGCAAAACUAUUCGAGAACGACUGGAACAGCAGAAUCUCCAUGGAAAAAUUGGCCAGGAAAACCAAAUGACCUCGUCUGGUGGCUGCUUGACGGUGCUCACUCUGAAUAUUGGAGCUAUCCAUACGACGUCUAUGACUUUCACUACUGCCCUCUGCGCAUUGGCUGCGCACCCCGAAUAUGCCGAAACUCUUCGAAAUGAGGUUGAAUCCAUCAUCAACGAAGAAGGAUAUACGAAAGCUGCAAUGGGAAAGAUGAAUCAACUCGACAGCUUUGUGAAGGAAGCUCAGAGAGUAUAUGGUACUAUGAGCGUGUUUGGAAUGCAUCGGACGACUCGUAAGGACUUCAUGUUUUCGGACGGAACAGUGGUUCCCGCCGGAGUUCAAAUCGUUGUUGCCAUUUUGUCCACGCAUACAGACGAGGAGAACUACAAGGACCCGCUAGAGUUCAAGCCAUGGAGGUUCUCUGAAAUGAGAAAACAAGGUGAAAAUAUUCGCCACCAUAUGGCCACGCCGAGUCUGGAUUUCGUUUUCUUUGGCCAUGGACGACCAGCAUGUCCGGGCCGCUUCUUCGCUAUCAAUGAGUUGAAAGCACUCAUGUCUUACGUUCUCCUAAACUUUGACGUGAAGAUAGACAAGUUCCCCACACCGACGUGGUUCUCUGAUCAUCAGAUCCCAAAUUAAAGCAGCAAGGUGUUGUUCAGGAAGCGUGUGCGUACUCUGUGAAAGUAGCAGUCCCCGCCACAGUUCAGUGUAGAAGAACAAGAAGCGCCUAGUGGCAUCGUCUUAAUAGCUGUACGGAUCCUUGAUGGAUCCUGUACGUAGGCAACC